CUUCACAUUUUCUGCAAGGUUUGCACGGGUUUACAUCCGGGCUCUUCAGGCACGCGCUGCACGCUUGUACCCGGUCAACACAGACGACAUUGAGGCAUAUGGUUGGUGUGUGUCUCCAUCAAGUUCUCCAACCAUGACUGCGGCGCUGUGUUUACUGUCCGUAUUGCUGGUACGUCUUUCAGUAUUGCUGGGUGUAACUUCAGCGUCAACACCUGAAGUGAGGCCUCUGUGCUCAACCAAUCCAGACCAAGGAGCCACCAUCACAAUCAAAACCGACGUGAACGUAUACGCUAACGCCUUCUGCCAGGACGUGACGCCGGUGGAAUUCACAGAGGUUGACAGCACUACCUUGACUCUUGACGUGGCCUAUCCUGGUGGCAAACUGAUCCGAGACUGCGAAUUCAAGCAACGUGGAAGUACCGACGUGUAUUUCAUUCGAGUCAUCGUCUCCUUUGGAGAGGCUGAAGAAAUAGUUACCGUUACCUGCACCUUGGACAGGAAAGGCUCGAACACCAGCGGGAAGAAACAGAUAAAGGGAAGAGUGAUUGCACAGAACGGAAGCACGUACAACAAAGGUCAAAAGUCCAGAUCAGGCCAGAGGUCAGACUCGAAGCUGAAGCUGUCAGUCACUGACAUAGCGAGGCACAGACUGAAGGGCAAGAUCGUUCUGGGAAGGAAGGUUCUUCUGGUCGCCUCCACUGACGGUUCUUCUGGAGAGAAGGGUUUGCGAAUAACAUCUUGUGAAGCUGUUGGCAGAAAGACAGGAGAAAGAUAUCAAGUAAUAAAAGAUGGCUGUGGCGUCGGUCAAGUGUUCAAGAAGAAGCUGGGUUUCGUCACGAAAGGACUGACCGCCAUCAGUCCAUACUUCAAUAUGUUUCAACUCGAAAAUGACAAGUCAAUCACGUUUGACUGCAACUUUACCUUUUGUAAAACACCAUGUGACGGGAGCUCCUGUAACAAGCAAAGACCUCGAAGAGCACCCGACGCCGUUCUUCCUGCUGCCUUUAUCAACUCGGUCCCAAGCCAGUUAAAAACAAGGUUUCGGAGAUCAGCAAAUGAAGGGCAGCAUAUAAAGCUUUUCUUGACCAACGUGGCUGGCUACAAGCUCCAUAACGUCAGUCUGCAAAGGGGAAGGCCGUAUGUGCUUCAUGCCGUUACUGACGGAUUGAAAGGCGAGGUGGGGCUACAGGUGAUGAGGUGCGACAUUGUCACCACGAGAAUUCAACACAAUCUACGCAUGGCAGCCAUUAGAGAUGGGUGCGGCGUGGAACCUGUUUUCAGACCGGAUCAGGGUUUCAUCACUUCCGGGUUGACGGCCACAAGCCCAUAUUUCAAAGGUUUCUCUAUCAGGGGAGACAAAAGCCUGACUUUCGAGUGUGACGUCAUCCUUUGUCAUCAAAACUGUGAUGGACGGACCUGUGUCCGUGAAAGAAAGAAACGGGAACUUGAAAAACAAGAACCAUUCCUGGAGUCCGGCAGUCUACAAUCGGCUUCUUAUGUCGUCAACCCUCGGGCCAAGAGGUCAAGGUGAAUACGUCAUGAAGCUGUUUGAAUUUCAAUUUGUAACGAACAAAUAAACCAUAUACUGGCCACA